AUGGCAGCGGCUAUGACAGCAGAUUUCACUCCAGAUGCACCUCGGGAAGUAGUGUCUAAAGCGAGAGAGGCUUUGAUGAAUUCUGUCGAGGAUUGUCUCUACGGUUCAAUUGCUGGAGUGGCUGGCAAAUACAUCGAAUAUCCUUUCGACACCGUCAAAGUACGACUCCAAUCCCAACCCUACCAUCUUCCCCUGCGGUAUACAGGGCCUCUCGAUUGUUUCAAACAAUCCAUUCGCAGUGAUGGGAUUCUAGGAUUAUAUAGGGGUAUUAGUGCUCCACUAGUUGGAGCUGCUCUGGAGACCAGCAGUCUUUUUGUUUGGGAACAAGCAAGCAGAGAAGCGCUACUCAAGGCCGGAAUAUACAAGAGGGAUCAACCACUUCCUCUUGAGGCGUUGUGGAUGACUGGUGCACUAUCAGGUGCCCUCACUUCCUUAAUCCUCACACCCAUUGAAUUGGUCAAAUGCAAAAUACAAGUUCCAAGUGCCGCCGCAAACAGUUCGGCUCCCGUUGCUGCUAAAACAGUCUCAGCAGUUAUCCGUGAGGUAUGGCAUCAUCAGGGCAUUCGUGGUUUUUGGAAUGGGCAGCUAGGCACCUUGAUUCGUGAAACGGGUGGAUGCGCCGCUUGGUUUGGUAGCAAGGAAACUGUUACUUCACUUUUUCGAAAACUGAACGACAAACGUUCACCUCAAAACCCUUCUCUAGUUCUAUCUACCGAGCUAGCACCGCUACCUUUUUGGCAGCAAGCUGUCGCUGGCGCCUCAGCAGGCAUGUCUUAUAAUUUUCUCUUCUUCCCCGCGGACACCAUCAAAUCUCGCAUGCAAACCGCUUCUACUUCAUCCACGGCACCUCGCACAACAUUCAUGCAAGAAGGCGCUCUUCUCUGGAAACAACAUGGCUUGAAGGGCAUGUACCGAGGUUGCGGUAUCACAGUCAUGCGAUCAGCACCUAGCUCCGCAUUCAUAUUCAUGAUUUACGACGGACUAAAGAGUCGUUUCCAACUCUCCUAA